AAAUGCUUCAUACUCUUCUUCACUUCUCCAUAAUACAUAGAAACAUGAGGAGAGAAAAUAAGAAAAAAUAAUGACGAAACGUUUCAAAUUAAAGAUAACAAGAAUCCUCUCCUUCAAGUCUUGCCGUUCAAAAGUUCCUUCCGAUCUCCCUUUCGAUCCUGUCCGUUCAUUUCCCCGCCCAUCUCCUCCACCGGCUAACCCCAUAACCACCGUGCCACAGCGUCGUCGUUCUACUUUAAGACAACACGUGUUUACCACUUUUGGCUGCGGCUCAAGUCGGAGACGCUCUUCUGCACCGUUGGCUGUUUCCAGGAGGAACUCACCGUCUUUGUCGCCGCCGCAGACGCCGACGUUUCAGUGGGAACGCGAGGGAAUAUGGCACGUGGUUACUCAAGAAGAUGGUGGAGAAUACGAAACGCCUCGUCGGAAAAUAUACGACGGAGAUGAUCGCCGACGUUUAGUGAAGAAAGAGAGAUACGCACGGCGGCGAGGGAGCACUUCCUCCGCCGAAGAAUACGAAGAGGAGACGGAGAGAGAGACUCUCUUACCAUCUUCCACAAACCUAUCGCCGGAAAGUUCCUCUUCGGGAUUGCCACGUGUUACCAGACGACGGAGAAACCAUCCGAGGAAGAAAAACACGUCGUUGGUUGUUGAGGAGAAAAGCGAGUCGCCUUCUCCUCCACCAUCUCCGGCAAGACUGUCGUCCUUCGUGCAGAGAUUAAUCCCGUGUACGGCGGCGUCGCCGGUUGUGAUGGAAGGAGUGGCUGUGGUGAAGAGAUCGGAGGAUCCGUACGAAGACUUCAAGGGAUCAAUGAUGGAGAUGGUAGUAGAGAAGAACAUGUUUGAAGUGGCUGAGCUUGAGCAACUUCUAAGCUGCUUCUUGACGCUAAACGCGAAACGCCACCACCGCGCGAUUGUCAAAGCGUUUUCUGAGGUUUGGGUUGCUUUGUUCUCCGGUGGCAAUAACAGCAGCCGAAGGUCCAGUGUUCGACUCUCUGAUUAUGAUGAAUGUUAGAAAAAAACAUAUAAUGUUUAUGUAAUUUCUUAACUCAAUUAUCUUUCUAAUUUUUAAUUAAGUGGUCGAUGUAAGGGGUAGAUUAAGCGGCUGUGUAAUGAUUUAAAACUGUAAUCAUUAUGUACCUUCUCCG